UUGCCUCUUCGAAAGGAAACUUGGCCGAGGGCAACAAGAGUCUCUCUUCUCUACGCCGCUGCGAACUGGGGGGUGUCGGUGGCGGAAAUUCUGACAAAAACAGCCGUUUUCGGCCGCUAAGAAACACAAAAUGAGCGGCGAGCAGGGCGCCCUGUGCCGAGCGGAGGGGCGGGCUCUGCAGCGCACCAAUCAGCGCGCGGCUCCGCUCUAUAAAUAGGAGGCGGCCGGCCUGCUCCAGGCCUAGUGCUGUCGCUGCUGCCGCACCAUGUCCGAGACCGCGCCCGUAGCCGCUCCCGCCGUCUCCGCGCCCGGCGCCAAGGCCGCCGCCAAGAAGCCGAAGAAGGCGGCGAGCGGCUCCAAAGCCCGCAAGCCCGCGGGGCCCAGCGUCACCGAGCUGAUCACCAAGGCCGUGUCCGCCUCCAAGGAGCGCAAGGGGCUCUCGCUCGCCGCGCUCAAGAAGGCGCUGGCCGCCGGCGGCUACGAUGUGGAGAAGAACAACAGCCGCAUCAAGCUGGGGCUCAAGAGCCUCGUCAGCAAGGGCACCCUGGUGCAGACCAAGGGCACCGGCGCCUCCGGCUCUUUCAAGCUGAACAAGAAGCCGGGCGAGACAAAAGAAAAAGCGACUAAGAAGAAGCCGGCUGCCAAGCCCAAGAAGCCGGCGGCGAAGAAACCCGCCAGCGCUGCCAAGAAGCCCAAGAAAGCGGCGGCGGUGAAGAAGAGCCCCAAGAAAGCCAAGAAGCCGGCGGCUGCAGCGGCCAAGAAAGCGGCCAAGAGCCCCAAGAAAGCCGCAAAGGCUGGGCGCCCCAAGAAGGCAGCGAAGAGCCCGGCCAAGGCGAAGGCGGUGAAGCCCAAAGCGGCCAAGCCCAAGGCGGCCAAACCCAAAGCGGCCAAGGCGAAGAAGGCGGCUCCCAAAAAGAAGUAGAGCUGAAUGAGAGAAAUUGAGAGUCUACUCAUCUAAAUAAACCCAAAGGCUCUUUUAAGAGCCACCCACUUACUCUCAAAAAGAGCUGAAACACUACGGUCAUACACCAGCAAGCCCAAAUCACAGAUUUUGGUGGGAGUUUACAUGGCGUUAAUAAAGUUCAGAUUUUGGGCACGAGUACGUUGGGCAACGCCUGCGUGGGAGAUUGGGGCUUCCUUUAAAGGGAAGUCUGUCCCUCCGUGCGGUUUGGGAGCCCUGCGAUAGCAGCUGUGCCGCCCCGCCCCUGUGCAUUGAGCGGAGCACGAGAGGCGGCGCCGGGGCCCGCCGAGCGCCCUUGGCUCCGGUGCCCGGGGCCGUUCGAAAGUGCCGCGCCGGGCCGCCAUUGGCGCCGCGCCGCCUCCCGCCCCGCGGCCCGACCCCCCCUGACGGCAGCGCCCCGCCAGCCCAGCCUCCAUCCAUCCAUCCAUCCAUCCCUCCCUCCCGUCCACGGCCCCGAGCCGGGGGGGCUGGGAAGCGGGAGCGGAGCGCAGCAGGGCCGCGGGAACGUGCGGGCCGUGCCGCGGCGCUGCCCGGCGGCUGCAGGGGGGCAGGCAGGGCUGCGCCCGGCUCGCACAACGCUUGCGGUGAGUCACGGAUCGCCCCCUUUUCCCGGCAUUGUCUGCUGCGUAACUCGGGGCCAGUGGUGCUUUAAGCCCGAAACCCCUUCGUUGAGAAACCCGCCUCAGAAUUAAACCGCCAAGACAGAAAAAACCUUUUUUAUUUUACUGCUGCAGUGCGCUGAAAGCAAAUGCUUCAUGUUUCGAGUAAAAAGCAUUUAACCCUUAGAAAAUUUAAACUGUUUCACCUUCUCCGUGGGACUU